CUGCAGGCUCCUCACCUGCGCCAGGAUCGGGGCCAUGAAGUCUGUGCUGCUCUCGGCCUUGCUGUGUGUCGCUCACCUCCUGCUGGAUCCUGCCCUCUCCUUGCGCAUCAGUGCUUUCAACAUCAGGACCUUUGGAGACAGCAAAAUGUCCAAUGAGACCAUUGGCAACAUCAUUGUCCAAAUUGUGUCCGCCUACGACCUUGUCCUGAUCCAGGAGGUCCGAGACGCAGAUCUGAGUGCCGUCAAGAAGCUGAUGAGCCUCCUCAACCGGGCAUCAGCAGAGAGCUUCGGCUAUGUGGUCAGCCCGCCCUUGGGACGGAACAGCUACAAGGAACAGUACCUCUUCGUUUACAGGAAGGACCAGGUCUCCGUUGUGAACAGCUAUUUGUACGACGACGGGUGUGAGCCCUGCGGCAACGACACCUUCAGCAGGGAGCCUUUUGUUGUGAAGUUUGCAGCACCUCACUCUGAGGUGAAGGAGCUGGCACUGGUGCCCCUGCACACCCCGCCCAGCGAGGCCGUGGCAGAGAUCGAUGCCCUCUACGACGUCUACUGGGAUGUGGUCAGCAAGUGGGGCACCCACGAUGUGCUCUUCCUGGGGGACUUCAAUGCUGACUGCUCCUAUGUCCGCCCUGAGGACUGGCCCCGCAUCCGCCUGCGCACCAGCAGCGACUUCCAGUGGCUCAUCCCUGACACUGCCGACACCACCGUGACGAACACGGAUUGUGCCUACGACAGGAUUGUGGCUGCAGGGGCAAGACUGAGAGGCAGCACUGUGCCUGGAACAGGGCGAGUGAACGACUUCCAGAAGACCUUCGGCCUGAGCCAGAAGGAUGCCUUGGCUGUGAGUGACCAUUUUCCUGUGGAAGUGACCCUGAAGUCCCUCUAGGCUGCCUUCCUUUCCCUGCACA